CGCUGUGGCCGGGAGCAGCCAUGACGGCGGUGGGAGAACUGGUGCUGGUGCUGGGCUUACUGGUGAGCGCCCACUGCGAGGUCAGGGCUCGGGACCCCGAGGUGGACGAGGAGGAGGAGGAGCUGGGAGGAAGGGCAGGGGGAGGCGCCUUCUCUCCUCACCCUGGGGGAAUUGAGGACCCCCAGAUGGGAGGGACGGGGAGCUACCCAUCCAGAACCGGGAACUGGUGUCCGUUGGUGAAGGAGCGUGUGGUGACGACGGUGGUGGCGUGUGGAACAGAAAAAUACACCAUCAGGUCUCAGAGUCCGUGUCCGAGUGGCUCACCCAACUGCCAGCUGGUCAUGUACAAGCUGUCCACCAGGCCGCUCUACAAGCAGAAACCCAAGAUCGUCACCUCUCUGCUGUGGCGCUGCUGUCCGGGACACGGAGGAGAAAACUGCGAGGACACAGUCUCUGAUCCUCAGCUGGACUCCGGAAGCUCGGGUCUGAUUACGGUAUCUGAACCGGAGAGAACAGACGUCCAGGCUCCAGCUAUAAAGGAUCGGCUCCAGCUCCAGCAAGCCGACCCCAACCGCGAACAGAACGACCAUCAAGUAGCUGUCCAGGUGUCGUACGACAGCGGCUAUGCAAACACCCAACCCAACGCCACGCAACCGACUGUGGGCCCCGGCCACGCCCACAAACCCCAUCAUGGACCACACCACGGCACGAAUACAUAUAACCACCACCAACCUCACGAACCCCACCGACCACCCCACCAACCGCAGGAACCCUACCGACCACCCCACCAACCGCAGGAACCCUACCGAUCACCCUACCCACCACCCUACCAACCACAGGAUCCCUACAGUCCACAGGAACUGCACCGGUCGCAGGAACACCACCAACCAGUUGUAAACGAGAUGCCCUACCCAGACACCCCCGCUGCCCUCCCCGUCCCCCACAUGAUGGCGCUGGUCAUGUCCCAGCUGCAGCCGGUCCUGGAGGGCUUCAACCGCUCCCUGGAGCACCUGAGCCGGCAGGUGGGGGACCUGGCCCGCGACGUGGCCCAGCUGAAGAGCAGCCAGCUGGAGGCGGAGCUGCAGGCGGGACCCGCGGACGGAGCGGAGGAACGUCUGGAGGUCAGACUGGACGAGGCCUUCCACCACAUCAGGGAGCUGCGGAGGCAGUUGGAGAACCAGCGCAGCGACAUGGACAACAGGCUGCACUCCCAGCAUGCAAUGCUGCACUACAACCUGACCAGCUUCAAGACGGACAUCGACAUGAAGCUGAAGCGCCACCAGAAGAUGCUGCAGGUCAGCCUGCAGACCAUCAACACCACGCUGUCUGAGCUGAAGUUCGACCAGGAUCAGAUCACUGAGGAUGAACUGCAGGAUCGCCUCCCUCCACCUUCGCCGCCUCCACCUCAGCUGCCGCUGUCCUCCGACACCUCGGCGCUCUGGGAGGCCAUCGAACGUCUGGACAACAUGGUGGUGAACAACACGGUGAAGGUGAGCGGGCUGACGGAGGACGUGGAGGUGACGUCGGGCGGCGUCGAGCAGCUCAGGCAGCACAUGAAGGAGCUGGAGAAGCUGAUCAACAGCACGGCCCGGAAGAGCCAGGUCCUGUUCAUGGAGACGGGCCUGGAGGUGGAGGACGCCAAGGUGUCGGUGCUGCGGCGGGUGGACGAGGUGGCGGGAAACCUGACGCAGCAGGACCAGCGGCUGCAGGACUUGGACGUGGACGUGGACUACCUGUACACGGUCUUCUACAAGCACAACACGUCCACCAGCUGCGACUGCAAGGUCCUGACGGCCGCCGUGGCCCGACUGGAGGAGGGCGUGGCCAACGUGACGGAGCUGGCCAAUGAGAACAGACUGGCCCUGGACGAGAACAGCGAGGGAGGGGCGGGGCAGUGGGGCGGAGCCGGCGACUGGGAGCCGGCGGUGGAGGCGCUCCAACAUGGCCUCCAGCAGGUGAAGGAGUCUCUGACCUCGGAGCAGACCAGGACCAGGACUCUGGACCUCAGCCUGACCCAGCUGAGCGACUCGGUCUCCGGCCUGACGGAGGCCGACGUCAAGCUGCAGGCGAGCAUGAAGCACCUGUCGGCCUCCUUCAACUCGCUGCUCAAAGACGCCAUCCGGCACAGCGAGGUGCUGGAGCGGCUGCUGGACGAGGAGGUGCUCGAGUUCCUGGACUGGCCCGUUCCCGACCAGAAGGCCUACGCGGUGCCGGGGCUGAAGGAGCAGCUGAGGCAGCUGCAGGACCAACUGAAGGGACACGAUGAAAGCAUCAGGACGCUGCAGGGCGGCGGGACAGGAGUCAGAGAGGAGGUGCCGUCUGCAGACCAGCCUUCCUCCUCCUCCUCCUCCUCCUCCUCCUCCUCCUCCCACCCCCUGCAGGACGAGCGGCUGCCCGGCGACAUGAGGAGGAGCGUCGGUGGACUUCCAGCCAGAGAGCGCCAGCUGCUCCUGCAGGGCAGCGACCUGUGGAACCUGGAGAAGACGGUGGAGGAGCUGCAGCAGAAGCUGCUCCGGCUGGAGGAGAAGCCCUGCUCCUGCCCCGACGCCUCCGCCGACGGGGAGGCCAGGCUGCAGGCGGAGGUGACGUGGCUGAAGAGGGGGCUGGAGGAACACCUGAGGGUCUUCAAGAACGUCUUCAGCAACGCCGACGUGCUGGCGGCGUCCGACAACACGCUGGAGCUGGACAAGCUGUGGCAGCUGCUGAAGAACAAAGACGAGAAGAAAGACAAGAGGAGAGGAGGAGGGAGGGAGGAGUCAGGGAGAGGAGGAGGGAGGGAGGAGUCAGGGAGAGGAGGACGCCAGCGCAGCAGGAGGGACGCCUCAGGUGUCUCCGCCCCAUUCGACCAAUCAGAAGCCUUCCUGCUGUUCGUGGCCAGAUCUCCUCUGAGCGUCUCCAACAGCGCCGUCGUCUUCCAACCGUCUGUGAACCGCGGCCGGUUCUACUCCGACGGCGGCGUCUUCACGGCGCCGGUGGACGGGCUCUACCUGUUCCUCCUCACCUUGGACCUGAGGCCGGGCCCCGCCCACGUGGUCCUGAGGAGGGGGGAGGAGGGCGGAGCUCCGGUGUCUCUGCAGCGGCGGGAGGAGACGGAGGCGGGGCUUGUGACCGGCUGGGGCCUCCUGAUGCUGAGGCGGGGCGAGCAGGUCCGGCUGGAACUGACGGAGGGACAGUGGGAGGAGUCAGAGGACAAUGUGUUCGCCGGGCUGCUGCUGCACUGAGCCGCCUGACCAAUCAGCUGACAGCCAGGGGACGACCACCAAUCAGAGACCGAGGGGGGCGGGGUCACAGAGGGUCAGGAGGUGUUGUGAAUCAUUUCGGUCGGAGUCUUUGAUCCAAAGCUACGGCGGCCGAUGGGGCGAAACGAAAACGCUGCACAUCCAGUCGCACAACGUUACUGCUCCAGGCCUCUAGGGGCAGCAGUGAGCUGCUCACCUGAGACGAGUAACGUAGUCGAGGGAAAAGCUGCAGGAAAAGGUUUGUAUUCUCUGGUCUCCAUGGAUCAACAUGAUAGACGGCAGUAGAACAGAUAACCACAGUGACUGAAGAUAAAAGCUCACUGCUGCCCCUAGAGGCCUGGAGCAGUGACGUUGUGCGACUGGAUGUGCAGCGUUUUCGUUUGUGUAUCUGCACGUCAUUCACCCCGUCGGCCGCCGUACGAAGCAUCUCACAGCGUCACAAACUGUCCGUUUACCUUCAGCUGCUCUGAUUUCAGCACCAGAAACAAAAAGAACACGUCGGCUUCAAUUCAGUUCAACAAAACGUAAAUUAAACGUGAACAAAACUGUCACAAAGACGACGAUGACGAGGCAGAAAAACGCGAGAAAAACAAGUGAAAGACACAAAAUAACCACAAGUUAAUGUAAAAAAGGCCCAAACUAGCUAUAAAUGAGCAAAAUCAACACACAGCAACAGAACGAUGUCUGAUCCCAGCUCAAAUCAAUCUUAACUAAUCCAGUGAGGUUUAGUUUUCUAUGAAUGUGAAGUUAGGAAGCAGAACGCGAGCAGGUUUCCUGGUUCUGCUGAAAUCAAACCGUUAAAAACCAACAAACCUCCGA